AUGGGUCCCAAGUCUUUGGCGGAGCAAAUUGCUGAAUUGGAGGAUCCGACUCCGAAAGAUUUCGAUCCGGAGGAUUUGGAGCGCGGUGGCUCUGAUAGUGAGGAUGAGGGUGGUCGCGCUGCCGAUUCAAGUGCCGGGAGGGAACAUUAUCAGGCUGUUGGCAAGGCGAAGCUUCGCAAGCAGGACCCGGUUGAUCUAGGGAAACAAUAUGCCGGUGCACGAGUUAGCAGAGAUGCGCUCGAUGCUGAUAGCGAUGACGAUCCGUUCAAGGCCCGGUCUGGCGAUGAGGAGGAGGGUAGCGAAGAUGAGGAUGAGGACGAGGACAUGUCGGACGAGGGCGAUGAGGAGCAACCGCAAAAAUCGAAGGCAGCUCAGAAGAAGGGCCAUGGCGCAAGGAUUGUUGAUGACAUGAGAUCGGAUGACUCGGAGGAGAUUGGAAGCGACGAGGAUUCGGAAGAUUUUGACAAGGAUGAUAUGGAUGAGAUGCCCUCUGACGGUGACGAAGACGAAGACGAGGAUGAAGAUGAAGAGGAUGAUGACGAGGAGGACGACGACGACGAUGAUGAUGAUGAUGAUGAGGAGGAGGAGGAGGAGGAGGAGGAGGAGGAGGAGGAGGAAUCUUCUGCUCGUCGUGUGAAGUUCGCAAAAACCGCAAAAUCAGAUGAUCGGGAAGAGCUGCGCAGACUGAUGGCUUCUGAUCAGAAGACCAUCACGGCCACCAUAUCCCAAGCUGCUAAAGCCGAUGCGGUCAAAGGAAAGGCAGUUAAGCAGCAGCGUGCAACUUUCGAUGCGCUCCUGAACACCCGUAUCAAGCUGCAGAAGGGUCUCACCGCGAUCAACCAGCUGUCCGUCGCAGCCAAAGAAGAGGAGGAUCUCGAUGGGGAAGCUAUCAAGUCCGCCGAAUCCGCCGCCUUAGCUCUCUGGUCUACUCUCGAAGACCUGCGCCUUGCCCUCGCAGACGCGCAGACUCAAGACGAAUCGAAGAAGAGGAAGCGACCUUCCGCAGUUUCCCCAAGUACAUCUACCGCUUCGUUGUGGAAGCGCAUGGCGGAUCUUGAGUCCGACUCGGUUGCCCACCGCCGAGCCAUCCUUGAUAAAUGGUCGCUCAAGGUGCGCGGGUCUAACGCUACAAUUCCUAACAGCCGUGGAAAACUCUUGGGCUCAGCCGCUAGCGGGCAACAGAGCAUUACUGCUGUUCUAGAUGCGCAGAUUGCAUCUGAAACUGAUCGCGCUGCCAAGCGCGCGCGUACAGCGAAUGGUAACUCUACUGAUGAGGACCAAGAGCCUAUCUACGACGAUACCAUCUUCUAUCAGUCACUUCUCCGGGACCUCGUUGAGCAGCGCAUGUCGUCGUCCGAUGCUAUCACCAACGGCGUCGAUACAUUGCAUAUUCAGCUGCCUUCUCGUGGUCUUUCUAUUCACCCUGUGACCGGAAUGCGCAAGGACAAAGUUAAGAGGGAUGUGGAUACACGUGCGUCGAAGGGACGGAAGAUGCGCUUUGAUGUCCAUGAGAAGCUGCAGAACUUUAUGGCACCAGAAGAUCGAGGCACAUGGACUACCCAUGCCCGAGAGGAGUUCUUUGCUUCUCUCCUCGGAAAAACGGCAAGUGGGAUGCUACGAGAGGGUGAUGAUGAGGAUGCUAGUGCUGCUGAAGAAAGUGACUCGGAUCGUGAGGAGGGCGGAUUGAAACUUUUCCGGAGUUAG